UGACUGUUUUAUAUAAACUUAAGGGUUGCCGUACCAUUUUAAUCAAAAUCAAACACUUUGAUUUUAUUAGUUAAUAUGACAUUUCAAUUAAAAUAACUAAUACUCAUCAGAAACACUUUAAGAGGAAAUGGUAAACAUUUUUCAUCAAAAAGGAAUAAAUCUCAAGAGAAGCGAGGGAUUUACAUAUUUUUAAGCCGCAUGUCAACAAAGACAGCAAAUAUGGGUUGGACAACAUUAUUCCUACUUGUUCCACUAAUCCAUGGAGCAUUAUCGCUCCACUGUUUACAAUGUAGUGGUAUUUCUCAGCCACGACAUUGCAAGUUCGUUGGAGAAUGUAACCCAGGUGAGGUAUGUGGUGUAGAGGAAGUUAUCAACAGCUAUGGAGUUCAUGUUUAUAAUGUUGGAUGUAUAACAAGUUUGCUUUGUCAAAACACGUCGACCCAUCAUAAAAGAUCAAAUAAUGAAGUUUGUCUGGAAUGCUGCCAGGGAGACCUAUGUAAUGCCCAAGGAUGUGGAGAGCCCGGAUAUCCAAUAAAUAGAGGUCCAGUCUGUCUUAGUUGCUCUUUGCAGAAAGAUCCUGUUUCUUGCCAUACCAUUGAGUUUUGCGAACCAGGCGACGUUUGCAAACAUGAAGUCAUUCGAGAGUUUGGAGACACGCUGUAUAACAUCGGUUGUUCCAGCUUGCUGGAAUGUAAACACGAUUACCAAGAAGCCACGUCUAUUAUCGGUCGGGAUGUUACGAGCGUCCAGGAACAAAGUGAUAUUGCUCUACGCUCGAUGACAGAGCACGUGUGCAGUAAAUGUUGCGAUACUGAUCUAUGCAAUAAAAAUUGUAAUGGAACAACACAUGCCUCAGCUUCAGACCACUGUUCUUCGAGUCCAUGUAUGCAUGGUCGUUGCGAGAAUACCGUGAAUGGAUUUACAUGUAAUUGCGACCCUUCUUAUACUGGUGACACCUGUGAUACUUAUAUGGGGAAAUGUUACAAUAAUCCUUGUGUUCAUGGAAAAUGUUAUGAAAACCAAGAAGGAUAUGUAUGUGUAUGUGAUACAGGCUACGAAGGUCAACUCUGUGAUAAUAUGACAGAUCCCUGUCUAUCGGGUCUCUGCAAUGGAACAACAAAUGUCACAGAUCACUGUUCUUCUAGUCCAUGUAUGCAUGGUCUUUGUGAGAAUACCGUUAAUGGAUUUAAAUGUAAUUGUGACUCUUCUUAUACUGGUGACACCUGUGAUACUUCAAGUUCUCCUUGUGUGGACAAAACUGUGCCUUCAACUUGUAAACUUGCCGCAUCUAUAGUGUGUCAAGAUAAGACCCAUGCCUUGAAUGGGGGCUGUAUGCACUACUGUGGCUUUUGUUAAAUCUUGAAUUAUUAUAUCUGUAUCAGUUCCAUUUAAUAAAUACAGCUGUUUAAGA